AUGAUGCUUUCAUCUCGCCAUAGAAAACGAAUCGAUCUAGGUCCAUCCACCGACUUCGUCUUCCUCUACCAAAAGACGUCGGUGUUUAUCAAAUUUGCCUUCCACCCCAUUACUGGAGAUGCUAACCCUAAAUCUAACACCACCACCGCCAUCAUUUGGGAUAAAUCAAUCACAAGAAGCAACAACAAUAAAAGUCGGCGAUCUCAGCGAAUCAUCUUCAUUCAAACAAAGUUCAUGGUUGAUAUAGGAGUACAUAUCCCAUCUGCUUUCGAUCCAUUUGCUGAAGUCGAUCAAGAUUCUGGUGGUGGUGCUGGGAUUAAGGAGUAUGUUCAUAUCCGCAUACAACAAAGAAAUGGUAGAAAAAGCUUGACGACUGUUCAGGGCCUAAAGAAGGAGCUGAGUUACGAGAAAAUUCUGAAAGAUCUAAAGAAAGAAUUCUGCUGCAAUGGCACUGUUGUGCAAGAUAAAGAACUGGGCAAAGUGAUCCAACUACAAGGCGAUCAACGCAAGAACGUGUCUGCGUUCUUGACUCGUGCUGGUAUUGUGAAGAAGGAUCAGAUUAAGAUUCAUGGUUUUUGAAACCACUGUUUCUGCUAUUACUCAAAAAAUUUGGUUUUUAGGUUUUAAUAAUUAUAGAUAUAGUUUCUUAGUGAUUAUGCUUAUUUGGAUUUGUUGAAUUCUGUUUUAUGUUAAGUGUGUGAUCCAAUUAUGGAUGUUAUGUGUACCUGGAUUACCUUCACCAGUUUGCUUGGUCAUGAUAGAAUAAAAGUUUCAAGUGUGUUGAAUAUAUUCCUUUUUGUAGAUUUUGUUUUUUCAUUAAUUAUUUUGUUGGUGAACUGAUACGAUGCAUCUUAUAGACUUAUGCGACAUUUGACGUGUUUUUUCUAUAUUCCAAGUCCAAAUGGUUCGUGUGUUUAAGGUCUCGUAAUCCUAAAUAAGUUGAAAGGUUGUGAAAUGGAUCAAGUAGAUUUGUGCCAACAUAUGAAGCUCUCAUAGUAAUAACGCCUGCCUUUCGAUUCCAGUUUUGAGUUUUGUAUCGAGAAACGGAGAAAACAAUUGGGUUUGAUGGUGAAAUCAAGAAUGUAUGUAAUUUGAUGAUUUGAAGAGUUCUUUGAUAAAUCAUGUACACGAGCAAUAAUUUGUUCAUAAGUAGAUGACAAGUUUAUUCAUUAGAAGAUAGAAGUGACAUGAAUAUCUAUAUUGAAGUCACGUAUGAUGAUUAUUGAAAUUCAAGAAAAUCAUCACAUUAGAUGUCGUGGUGGGUUUGUGACUUUAAUCGAAAAACCACUACCUUAGCCUUAGGGGAACAUGUGAUUUUCAUGAGUUGACUCAGGGAUAUCAUGCAUUACAUGUUACAUUAACAUUGACCAUUGUUGUUGGCUUGUGUUUGAUAUUUAUUUAAUUUAGUGUAUGAGUUUAUUAGAAUGUUUUCCUAAUAAUAAGGCUUUUGAAGUGAUUAAAGUAAAAAGUGGUUGUUUUAUAAUAUGUACAUGCAAGCAAGAACUUUAUAUACUAUUAUUUUUUACCAAGUAAAAUAUCUGUGUGACUAGCUCAGGUGAGAGAGGCAAAGUGUUGGUACAAGUUUGUGAAGGGAAGACUUGGUGAGAUAGACAAUUUAUAUCUCGUUUUAAAAGUUUGUAAAUGUAUCAGGCUUCCACUUUUAUGAAGAAGAAAAAAAGAACAUUUAAGGGUCUUAAAAUAUAAUUCAAACCGUUCAUAGGAGGGGUGUAACAAUAUGCUCAAGCAUGACACUGGG